GCACACGGACAUGGACACUAAGACACAGUGACAGUAGGGGACUGAGCACGGACCGUCAGUGUGACUGACAUCACACACUCUGAUGAGGCAGAUAACCAUUGAGCCUCUCGCCGAAGAACCACAGGAAGGCAGUUAUGUGUGCGUGAUUUUGCUCUCAAAAGCGAGGACCCGUUUUACAUUACUUCGCAUUGAGUUGCAUUAAACUGCUCCUUAACACACUAUUAAACUGGAUUAUUAUCGCCUCUUGGAUUUAAGAAUCUUCUAUUUAAUUUAUCGUCAAGACCAAACUUGUCCUUCAACGGUUGGAAGGUGCGCGCGGAGAUGGCGCAGAGGUACGAUGAGCUUGCUCAUUACGGUGGGGCGAUGGACGGAGUCGGAGUCCCCACCUCCAUGUACGGAGAUCCGCACGCCCCCCGGCCACUUCCCCAGGUCCACCACCUGAACCACGGGCCGCCUCCGCACCCGACCCAGCACUACGGAGCCCAUGCACCCCACAACCUUAUGCACAGCAGCAUGGGCAGUGCCGUGAACGACGCCUUGAAGAGAGACAAGGACCAAAUCUACGGCCACCCUCUAUUCCCACUGCUGGCUCUGGUGUUCGAGAAGUGUGAGCUGGCAACCUGCACGCCCAGAGAGCCCGGGGUGGCGGGAGGAGAUGUCUGCUCCUCCGACUCCUUUAACGAAGACAUCACCGUGUUUGCCAAACAGAUCCGCGCGGAGAAACCGUUAUUUUCUUCCAACCCGGAGCUGGAUAACUUGAUGAUUCAAGCAAUUCAAGUCCUUCGAUUCCACCUCCUGGAAUUAGAGAAGGUCCACGAGCUCUGUGAUAACUUCUGCCACCGGUACAUCAGCUGCCUGAAAGGCAAAAUGCCCAUCGACCUGGUCAUCGAGGAGCGAGACGUGUGCAAGUCGGACUUCGACGACCUCUCAGGAUCCUCCACCAACCUCGCAGAUCACAACCCAGCGUCCUGGAGAGACAUGGAUGACGCCCACUCCACACCCUCCGUGGGCACCCCGGGACCGUCCAGUGGGGGACACGUGUCCCAGAGUGGAGACAACACCAGUGAACUCGGAGACGGCCUUGACAACAGCUUGGCAUCACCGGGCACGGGAGACGAGGAUGACCAGGACAAGAAAAGGCAGAAGAAACGAGGCAUCUUUCCCAAAGUGGCCACAAACAUAAUGAGAGCAUGGCUCUUCCAGCACCUUACGCACCCAUAUCCGUCAGAGGAACAGAAAAAGCAGCUAGCACAGGACACAGGCCUCACCAUCCUUCAAGUGAACAACUGGUUUAUUAAUGCAAGGAGGAGAAUAGUCCAGCCUAUGAUUGACCAGUCCAACAGAGCAGUGAGUCAGGGUACACCUUACAGUCCAGAUGGCCAGCCAAUGGGAGGCUUCGUCCUUGAUGGGCAGCAGCACAUGGGUCUCCGACCUGGAGGGCCUAUGGGUGGCAUGGGUAUGAACAUGGGCAUGGACGGGCAAUGGCACUACAUGUAAAAACACUCCACUGAGCCUGAAAAACAGGGUGAAGCCUCCAUGGUUGGCUCAGGGAUCUUCUUUCAUCCGGCAGUGGAGCUCAGCCACGUCACACCCACUUGACCACUCCCCACCUCACCUUGCCCGAGCCUGCAUGGUGCUAGCGUGUACAGGAUCACCAUGAAAACGCUGAACCUCACAGACUUUGACUUGAAAAUGAAGAUACUCAUGCGAGGCGAGGCGCUUUCGGGGCUGCACGGAUACAUGUGAAGACUGCGCGGUGCGGAGAAGCAGGGCGACACACGUCCAUCUCCUUCCUUUUAAAUUAUUUAUUUAUUUUCCUACAUCAAUGGGGCGACAACUCUUCUGUUUCUACUACUUUUAAGAAAAUCUUUGCCCCUAAACAUGCCCAUCACUACCGCCCUCCCCUCCGUAGACCAGAAGAGAAAACACUGUGGAAGAACUCUUUAAAAAUAAGAGAACUCGCUGUUGUGCUGUAUAGAUUUGUGCUCUUUAUUUGGCUGUUGCUGUCCAUAUUGUCGCUUGUGAUCAUUAGACGUGAGAGUGACCUUUUACCACUGACAUGUUUUUUUAGUUUUGUUUUUUUAGAAAAAAUCCUGACGAAAAAAAUAUCAACGUUUGUUUCUGUUCUCCAUGCACUGGAUCUCCUGUUUUCAUCCCACCUGUGUUCUUAGAAACUGGAACUGGAAAUACUUUCCUGUUGGAACAGGACCAGGAAGCGGAUUCUGGUCCAUUUUUUGACAAUGUUUUAAAUAGUUUCGUAAAUAGCACCAAAACACGGAGAAGAUGUCUGCACUAAAACCAAAAUAAAGACUUGACUGAGGAAGCA